CACCGGGCGCCGCGCUUCCGGGCAUUCCAUCUCCGGCAAGAGGAUUGUGGCGGCGGCGGCGGCGGCUGGGCGAGAAGGAAGAGAUCAGCUAAGCCUCUCACUGCUUCAUUUUGAGCUAAUUGAAGUUGCCGGAUGCUUUUCUGAGGAAGACCCACAGAUAAGAAUAUUUUGCAGUCGGCUCCAUGGUGCUUGCCUGCAGCUGGACAGCAGCGGUCUGAUUUGGUGGUUGUGUUCCCUCCUAGUGCCUUUUUUCACGCAAAUGGGUGAUGAAAAGGAAUCUUGGAAAGUUAAAACAUUAGAUGAAAUUCUUCAGGAGAAGAAACGCCGCAAGGAACAAGAGGAGAAGGCUGACAUAAAGCGCCUCAAGAAUUCUGAUGAUCGGGAUUCAAAGCGUGAUUCCCUCGAAGAGGGAGAGCUGAGAGACCACCGCAUGGAGAUAACUAUCAGGAAUUCACCUUACCGGAGGGAAGACUCUAUGGAAGACAGGGGAGAGGAGGACGACUCCUUGGCCAUCAAGCCGCCACAGCAAAUGUCCCGGAAGGAGAAGGCCCACCACAGGAAGGACGAGAAGAGGAAGGAGAAGCGGCGGCACCGCAGCCACUCAGCAGAAGGGAAACAUGCUAGGGUGAAAGAGAAGGAGCGCGAGCAUGAACGUAGAAAGAGGCAUCGAGAAGAGCAGGAUAAGGCCCGCCGUGAAUGGGAGAGGCAGAAAAGGAGGGAAAUGGCUAGGGAGCAUUCCAGGAGAGAGAGGGACCGUCUGGAGCAGCUGGAGAGGAAGCGGGAACGAGAGAGGAAGAUGAGAGAGCAGCAGAAAGAGCAGCGGGAGAUAAAAGAACGGGAAAGGCGUGCCGAGGAAAAGCGUAAAGAACGGGAAGCCAGGCGAGAGAUUUCAGCACAUCACAGAACGGUGCGAGAAGAAUACGGGGAGAAAGUGAGGAUUUGGAGCCGCAGUCCUCUGCGGCAGCAGCGGGAGAAGCUUGAGCAAGGGGAGAUCAGAAAGCCAGUGAAAGAGGAAAAGCCAGAGGAGAGAGACCCCCUUUCUGACCUUCAGGACAUUAGCGACAGCGAGAGAAAAACCAGCUCGGCGGAACCCUCAUCAGGGGAAUCUGGGUCUGGUUCAGAGGAGGAAGAGGAGGAGGAGGAAGAGGAAGAGGAUGAGGAGGAGGAGUCCAGUAGUGAAGAAUCCGAGGAGGAGGAGGAGGAGGAAGAGGAGGAGGAAGAGGAGACGGGCAGCAAUUCCGCAGUGACGGAGCAGUCGGCUGAAGAGGUGAGCGAAGAUGAAAUGAGCGAAGAGGAAGAAAGGGAAAACGGAGACCACAUUCCAGUUGUUACAGAGUCGAGGUUUGACCGGGAUUCCGCAGGGAGCGAAGGGGAGGAGGAAGAAGCGGGAGAGGGAAGCCCACAGUCCAACGCCAUGACGGAGGGGGAUUAUCUUCCUGACUCGCCUGUGUCAUCGCCGGUGGAGCUGAAGCAAGAGCUACCUAAAUACCUGCCUGCCCUUCAGGGCUGCCGCAGCGUGGAGGAAUUUCAGUGCUUGAACCGGAUUGAGGAGGGGACGUAUGGCGUCGUGUACCGAGCCAAGGAUAAAAAAACAGAUGAGAUUGUGGCACUGAAACGACUGAAGAUGGAGAAGGAGAAGGAAGGUUUCCCCAUUACCUCAUUACGUGAAAUCAACACCAUCCUGAAGGCUCAGCACCCGAACAUUGUCACGGUUAGGGAAAUUGUCGUUGGCAGCAACAUGGACAAAAUCUACAUAGUAAUGAAUUACGUCGAACAUGACCUCAAGAGCCUCAUGGAGACCAUGAAACAGCCGUUCCUGCCAGGGGAAGUGAAGACACUAAUGAUUCAGCUGCUGCACGGGGUGAAGCAUCUCCAUGACAACUGGAUCCUUCACCGGGACCUGAAAACCUCCAACCUGCUGUUAAGCCACGCCGGCAUUUUAAAAGUUGGAGACUUUGGACUGGCUCGAGAAUACGGGUCGCCUCUGAAGCCGUACACGCCUGUCGUCGUGACAUUGUGGUACAGAGCACCUGAGCUAUUACUCGGAGCCAAGGAAUACUCUACAGCUAUCGACAUGUGGUCUGUGGGCUGCAUUUUCGGGGAGCUGCUGACACAGAAGCCGCUGUUUCCAGGGAAGUCGGAAAUAGACCAGAUCAACAAAGUCUUCAAGGACUUGGGGACCCCCAGUGAAAAAAUCUGGCCUGGAUACAACGAGCUGCCGGCUGUCAAGAAGAUGACGUUCACCGAAUACCCGUACAACAACCUCCGCAAGCGGUUCGGCGCGCUACUUUCAGACCAGGGGUUUGACCUCAUGAAUAAAUUCCUGACGUACUACCCUGGGAGACGGAUCACCGCUGAAGACGGCAUAAAACACGAGUACUUCCGAGAGACGCCUCUGCCUAUUGACCCGGCCAUGUUCCCUACGUGGCCGGCAAAAAGCGAGCAGCAGCGAGUCAAGCGUGGGACCAGUCCACGGCCGCCUGAGGGAGGCUUAGGAUACAGCCAGCUGGGUGACGACGACCUGAAGGACACAGGCUUCCAUCUGACCACCACAAACCAAGGCGCCUCGGCUGCAGGACCUGGCUUCAGUCUCAAGUUUUAAGGCAGGAGCAAGCACCUGGCUCACGCCUGAGCGGCUGUCGAGGGCUCCCUGUGUGGCUUCCACCCCAGGCGUCCGGCGCUCUUCUAGAUGUCCGGCAGCAGGUCACCUGCGGGUGGAGUGGAGUGAAUUCCCAGCUCUGGGGCUUUGCCUUCCAUUGGAAUUAACUGCAACACUCAGAGACUCCUGCACUGAGAUGAAGCAAAGCAGAAUCAUCCCACCAAACUUGAAGUCCAUUUUUUGAGACUUCUUCCCCCUCCUCGUUUGUAUUUAAAUCUUUUAUUCCAGUUGGGGGUGGAUUUUGAUUUUUGCUUGUACAUUUGUAGAAUAAAAAGAAAUUGAUUUUUAAUUGUUUA